AUGUCAAAAGGCAUCAUUCUGACCAGCGGCCAAGAGCUAAUGCAGGAGGGCGUGCGGACCUUCGCGGUGGUGCUGUCGGCGGAGAUGGCGCCCGUGUGCACGCUGCUGGUGUGGGCGGCGCAGCGCCGCGGCCACGUGCUGGCCGACUCGCUUACCUUCCCCGUCAACGGCAUCUCGCGGAACAACGUAUGCUCACAAUGUUCACAUUAG